AUGGAUAAUCUGACAUUCUUGAUCUCGUUGAUCAGUGGAGGAUGUGCCGGUACAUCCACCGAUUUAGCAUUUUUUCCCAUUGACACCAUCAAGACCAGAAUCCAAGCCAAAGGAGGCUUCUUCAGAAACGGAGGAUGGUCAGGAAUCUAUAAGGGGUUAGGUACGUGUGUGGUGGCUUCGGCGCCCUCGGCGUCGCUUUUCUUCAUCACCUACGACUCCAUGAAAGCAUACACAAAGGACCGCAUGCUGGCCACCAAGAGCCACAUGUUGUCGGCAUCGUGCGGAGAGAUCGCUGCCUGUUUGGUGCGGGUGCCAGCCGAGAUCAUCAAGCAGAGAACCCAGGCUGGAAUUGCCGGCGUGGGUGGCAGGGCCUCGUCGUGGGGCAACUUCUUGUACUUGAUCCAGAACAAGUCUGGAGAAGGACUUUUCCGUGGUCUCUACCGAGGCUGGAACACCACUAUCAUGAGAGAAAUCCCAUUCACCAUCAUUCAGUUCCCCCUCUAUGAGCGCUUGAAAAAAGCCUGGGCUGCCAGAGACGGCACUCCUGUGCUUGCAGCCCCCAAAGCUGCGCUUUGUGGAUCAAUUGCUGGAGGUGUGGCAGCUGCUGCCACCACUCCACUCGACGUGAUCAAGACCAGAAUCAUGCUUAACAAGAGCAGGGUGGGACUUCCCACUAUGAUCUCCUCCAUGAUCCGUGAGGAGGGCUACCUUACAUUUUUCAAAGGAAUUGGGCCUAGAACCGCUUGGAUCAGCGCAGGCGGUGCCAUUUUCCUCGGGUGCUACGAGGUAGUGCACAAGAACCUCACCGCCUACACCGUCUCUCGGUUGGAAUAA